AAGAGAGGAAUGGAGAGGAGAGUGGAUAGGAGAGGAGGGGAAUGGGAGACGGAGAGGAGAGCAGAGGAGAGGAAAAGGGAACGAAGAAACGAGAGAGGAGGGCAGAGAGAACAGUGUGCCUAGUAGGUAGGGCAUAGAACGACUGUAGAAACUUUUUCCCAAGGUCUCCUAAGAGCGCCACUUGCUUCAGGCCUACCAUAAUUCGACAGUGUAAACUCUUUGACUGUAUCGCUCACUUUCAGAGCGUUCCGUUGUAGAAUGCUCGACUAAUAUAACUGCAUAUUAUCAGCGAUAUCUAAACGUUUCACAAACUUCACGUUAACCAAUUCCUUAUCCCCGAAGCUUUUAAUUAUGUAAACACUAAAGAGAAGUGGAGAAAUAACGACUGGACCUACAUUUCAAAAAGUAAUCAGAACGAAAAACGGUGUCUGGUAUCUAAAGAGAAGGAAGUUACGCUGUGCCACGUCCAACAGGAAAAGUGCGGAAGAAAACAUUUGAUGCGCAUCUCUUCUUGACCACGAAGGGGGCAGCAGCCAAACCUUUAACAGUUCUCCAUUCACUCGCACUGCGUUUGUACGCACUCGAACUCUGUCAAUACCAAUGCUAUUUGGUAAUAUGCGAUUGUUUCCAUGACGAGGAUCGCUACAUAACAUGCCGACGCUCACGACCCGUGUGCGAAAACUGAUAACACUUACCACAAUCCUACUGGCAACUCCGCCAGGAUUCUCUUCAGACCUUGAACUCAAGGUGGACUCAAGAGUGACUGUGUCCGUUUGGUCAAGCUUCAGCGGCUGGGGACUAGAGGUUGACGGCUGUAACAACACUCAACAACAGGCCUGCUACAACCCCAUUGCCAGAUACAACCUUCUCCUGCCUCCCGAGGACGCUCACCCACACAACCCUAGGGACGGAGAGGGACUCACCCUAACUGUCCUCAACCAAAGAAAUGCUGCUGUCGUCUUUCACAAGGUGUUCCCGCUCGGUUACUACUGGGCGCACUAUGCUGACCUACAGUGGCACUUGGAUCGCGUGGCACCCGGACGUAUCCUCGUCCUCACGGUAGCCGUCUCUGGCACUGUGGGACUCCGCCAAGCAGCCCAUCAACUCGCUCGCCUCGGUUCCCUCUUCGCCUUGCACCUCACGCCCAUGGCACACUGGACCUGGGUCUUCGUCAAGGGCGGCCGCACCAUCUCGGAGACGGUCAUCCUUCAAGGACUAGCUCAACACCAAGCGCACCUCAUUCUGCCCCUCUCCGAUCUACCCACGCCCACUACUCCCUCCAAUCAAACGCUGCAGCAACAACGCUGGCACUACUGCCACCGUCACGCUGUCAUGGGCGGACUUUGCGAUGAGCACACUCCGGACCCGCUGCCACCGCCCCCGCCGCCUACCCUCCUUCACCAAUCUGCCCUUGCCGAUGUGCCCGUCGUCGUCACAGCCGGUGCCCGCCACCAUUAUCUCUACCACACCCUCAAUACCCUUCUCACUGCCCCAGGGGCGCAACGUAACAACGUGCUCGUCGUGCUUGGGGACGCACCACAGCCUACCACACAACUGCUACGUCUCAUCAACGUCAACUUCACCAAAGUUCCUGUUCACGGGGAAGGCAACCUCAAACUCUUCCGUUACUACCGUAGCGUCUUCCAGCUGGUGGCUCGCACCUUCCCCGACGCCCCUGCAGCCAUUUUCCUGGACGAGGACGUCGAGGUCUCCCCAGACUUCUUCUCCUUCAUGAGCCAGACUCUGUGGCUGCUCCGCGAGGACCCCACGCUCUACUGCAUCAACGGAUUCUCUGCGACUGGGCUGAAAGGCCGUGCAUUCAAUCCUUCUAGAGUGCUUCGAGGCAGCGUACAGGUCGAGUGGGGCUAUGCUCUGACUUUGAGUUUCAUCCGCGAAGUGCUGUCUAUAUGGCCAGAUAAACCCAAUAUCAAUAUCUAUGACUACUGGAUAUAUAUCCAUGCACGACAUGGCAGAGAAUGUGCGUACCCGGAAAUGAGCAGAACAUUACACUACGGAAUGGGCAUGAAUUCUAACGCCUGGAAUGAGGAAUCCAUUUUCUUAUCCAUGCCUUUAUUACGAGAAAGUUAUGUGAACUUAACACGAACGUCAGACCUUCAAAUGAACAACUGGCGACGUAAACUUUCCUAUAAUAUCUCUCAUGCCACAGUUUUGCGAGGAAAUCCAUGUUCAACCAAUUUUAUCCCUUCCGAUGAUAUAAACAACCACUACGUUUUUUAUUAUCGACUUGACAGCAUGGAAGCCGGACACCCAAAUGUGACACAAUUCUUCCAACUCUUUACCUGCGUGGGGACUUGGAGCGUAUCUGAGCAAGGCCAUCACGAGGGCGUCAGCAUAGUGACGCUUUCUGCCCGCGCCACACUGUACCUCGUGGGCUCCCCGUAUUCCUCGUAUUCGCACCUCCGCCCGCGUUCUGUUUCCCUGUGGGACAUUAGUACUAUCCCCGAGGAAGAAUUUGCGGUCGUUGACAAUAAUGAAAUCAACAAGCACCAAUUUAAAAAGAAAAUUAGGAAUAUUGAUAUGACUGAAGAAAAGCUAAUGAAGAUUUUAUCAAUGCAUAUGUAAUAUUUACCGUAGCUAUGAAGCAAAUACAGAUAAAACAUUAACAUUGUUUCUGUAAACCAACUAUUAUCUGAAACAUGCUUAACUAAUACAUAGCUAUACAAAUAUUCAUGUACAUGAAUAUAAAUGAAAUGUGAAUGCAUAGGUACCUAAGGUUUUCAUACA